AUGGAAACUGCAUAUGGCCCUUCUUCUGACCAUGCAGCUGCUGUUGCUGUAGAACUGAGGCAGCGAGUGCGUAAACCUGGUGAGGCCCUGCAUGUUUUCAGAGAUGACAUUUAUGGGAAAGUGGCUGUUGCAUAUGGUAAUAGAGCAGAGAUUGAACAAGACUCUAUAGCUGUUGAAGUUUUCACCAAUGGGCUGGGUGAUGCAGAAAUAGUACAGAAGUUGCUAGAGAGGCACCCAGCCACACUUGCCUGUGCAUACGAAAUAGCCCACCGACACGAAACCACUAAAAGGGCUGCAUCUUAUGUAACCAGUGCCAUGCAGCAAGGAGCCCGUAACGCAGCUGAACGCCGGCCCCGAGCUGCCGUCGUCAGAGAAAAAGACAGAGAUGAGACUGUUGCUGAGCAUGCACCUGCAGCUAGCCCCUCACCGAAUCGUUUUGUCCCACACACACCCUCGACAACACCGAACAAUCACAGAAAUUUUAAAAGGAGUGGGGUUCGCUGCCAUAACUGUCAAGGUUGGGGCCAUGUCCAAAAGCAGUGCCCUUCCCCUCACAAAACCACCAAGGCCUUAACAUUGAACAGUAGCCCUUGGGACAGCCCAAAACCCACUGUGCUCCACCUUAAGUGCCAAAGCCAAGAAAUGAGUAUCCCCAUGCGCCUCUACGAAGUGGAGGUAUGUGCUGUUUUGGACAGUGGAGCCCGGAGGAGCGUGCUGCCGCUGCCCUACUACAACUCCAUCCACCCAGACGUGAGACCACCACUACAGCCCUCAGUUGUUGAGACCUUGCUUGGUGUGGGACCUGGGGACGUGCCGGUGCUAGGUGAAGCCCAGAUACCUGUCAAUAUCAACAAUCGACAGGUGGAUGUUGAUUUCUUGGUGGCAGAUAUAGCAGGAAAUGAGGUGCUGCUUGGGCAUCCCUUCCUCACUCAAGCUGAAGCACGUCUUGAUUUUGGCAAACGCCGCAUCAUCCUUUUCGGUGAAGAGGUGCUCUACUACCAAACCGAAGCCAGUACAAAGUCACACGCAGUGAGAAUAGCUAGAACUGUGGUGGUGGAACCGGGGCAAGAGUAUAUGGUGAAAGGCAACGUGCAUCCUGGUGCAGCAGCUCGAGGUGACAUGAUGCUUAGUCCCACCAAAGGUUUUGUUGAGAAGCACAAAGUACUUAUCGCCAGAGUCCUAGUCAACGCACAGCCUUCUAAAGCUGUCCCACUUCGCCUUUUUAACCUUGGCAAUAAAGCAGUAACAAUUAAGGCGGGAUCCAUUGCCGGGCUCCUCCAGCCAGCUGAGGCCGUGGAACCCUCCAUGGUCUCCCCAGCUGCAGACUCUCUGACCAGCCCUCCUGUGGUUCCUCUGCACCUGCAGGAGCUCUAUGCCCAGAGCUCCACAGACCUCAAUGACUAUGAACAGCUCCAACUGAAACGCUUGCUUUGCACUUAUGGACAUGUGUUUUCUACAGGGCCUGCUGACCUGGGCCGAACCAGCCUUGUGCAGCAUGACAUCAUAACCCGUCCUGGUGCCCCAGUCAAACAAAAUCCACGAAGAAUGGCAGGGGAAAAGCAGCAAAAUGCUGAUCAGCAGAUCUACGACAGUCUACAGAGCGGUCUCGCCCAACGCAGCUGCAGCAGCUGGGCCUCGCCCAUCGUUAUGGUGCGUAAGAAAGAUGGGACAUACCGUCUCUGCAUUGACUACAGGGCUCUCAACGACCGCACCAUAACAGACGCCUACCCGCUGCCCCGCAUCCAGGACACGCUGGACACACUCUCAACUGCCAGAUGGUUCAGCACAUUAGACCUCGCAUCUGGCUACUGGCAGGUUGAGCUGACGCCUAGAGCACGCAGGGCCGCCGCUUUCUGCACUAGGACAGGCCUCUUUGAGUGGAACGUCAUGCCAUUUGGACUAUGCAAUGCCCCGGCAACGUUCCAGCGGCUGAUGGACCGCGUCCUGGCUGGCAUGCAGUGGGAGACCUGCCUGGUCUACUUGGACGACAUCAUCGUGCUGGCUAAGGACGUGUCGGGGAUGCUGCAACGGCUUGGCCAGGUAUUCUAUAGACUUCAACAAGCUAACUUGAAACUGAAACCUGCCAAAUGCUGCCUCUUUCGCCGCGAAGUUGCUUAUCUUGGCCAUGUGGUAUCCGAGCAUGGUGUGGCUACCGACCCCAGCAAAGUUCAAAAGGUUCAGAUGUGGCCCACACCUACGUCCAUCCAGGAGGUCAGACGCUUCAUCGGCCUGGCCUCAUAUUACCGCCGGUUUGUGAAAGAUUUUGCCUCUAUAGCCGAACCCCUGCACAACCUGACCAAGAAGAAUGCACAUUUUCAGUGGCAUGCUGAGCACCAAGCAGCUUUCGACAAGCUGAAGUGUCGACUCACCUCUGCCCCUGUUCUUGGCUAUCCACUUGACCAUGGAGAAAUGACACUAGACACUGAUGCCAGCGACACUGGCAUCGGCGCGGUGCUGUCACAGAUGCAACAGGGCGUGGAACGUGUGCUGGCAUAUGGCAGUCGUAAGCUAUCAAGAACUGAACAAAACUACUGCACCACACGACGUGAACUACUAGCCGUCGUGGAUUUCACGUCCCACUUUCGCCAGUAUCUCCUUGGACGGCCUUUCAAAGUGCGCACAGACCACAGCAGUCUCGUGGCUAACAAGAAGAGCGGAAUUACUCGAUGCCUCUCCAGAAGACCCUGUCGCCAGUCCUGUCCAUGCAGAGUGCAGGACCCCCCCAAGCAUCUCGGGGGGACCAGUCAUCAGGCAGUUCAAUGCGAGUUGGACUCUGACACCAGCUCCCUGUUGCUGAGUCCGGUGAGGGUGGAGGGACAACCGGCUACUACAGCGGUGUGUCUAGUGGGGGUAAGUCAUAACACCACCACACCAGAAACAAAGACUUUAGACCAAACUGCUCUUACAAAGUCAGACAUUUUAUGUCAAAACACUCCUAUCAACACAGACAUCUCAGAACAGACAAUUCACACUAGAACAGACAUAUCACACCAGAACAUGUCCACUAAUACACACACUGUAAAGCUGACUGAGAAAGUAUAUGUGGCUAAAACCCUUGAUACUGCUUCUCUGUUUCAUGGCUGGACCAUGGGGGAGCUGAGCCAAGCCCAGGACGCUGAUGCAGACAUUGCACCCAUACGCGCCUGGAUGGAGGCCAGCAGUGAGCGCCCCCCAUGGACUAUUGUUUCACCAUGCAGCCCAGCAACUAAGACAUACUGGGCUCAAUGGAAACGGCUCUACUUCAGAGAUGGAGUUCUGGUCCGUCGCUUCUACUGCCUUGACGAGACCCAGUUCUAUCCCCAAAUCGUACUGCCACGCAAGCUACAACCAGAAGUGAUGGGCCAGAUGCACGAAGGGCCAGUGGGUGGACAUUUUGGUGUCGAGAGGACUGUGGCCAGACUACGAACCCGAUUCUAUUGGUAUCACAUGAGGGAAGACGUCGCUCUUUGGUGCCGUACUUGUACCAGCUGUGCAUCCAGGGCCCGACCCCAGAAGACACCGCAAGCUCCGAUGGGAACUGUCCGGGUAGGAGCCCCAAUGGAGCGCGUUGCGCUGGACAUUAUGGGACCACUGAAUGAGACAGAGCGCAGAAACCGAUAUGUGCUUGUGAUACAAGACUACUUUACAAAGUGGACUGAAGCCUUUCCUAUCCCAGAUGAACGGGCUGCAACCGUUGCCGAGGUCGUUGCAUCUGAGUGGGUGUGCCGCUACGGGAUACCUCAAGCACUACACAGUGACCAGGGACGCAAUUUUGAAUCUGAUGUGUUCCAAGGGGUGUGCAGUUUGUUUGGCAUAGAUAAGACUCAUACAACGCCAUUCCGACCCCAGUCAGAUGGCCAGGUUGAACGUUUCAAUGCCACUCUCCAGAAGAUCCUGGCCUCCACAGCAGAGCGUUGUCAUUGGGACUGGGACCUGAUGAUCCCGUACGCUGUUAUGGCCUACAGGGCGACCAAACACAGUGCUACAGGUUUCACCCCGAACUUCAUGAUGUUUGGCCGAGAACUGAGUGAGCCAGUGGACCUUGUCGCAGGUCUACCUCCUGAUCCAGACAACCAACCCUCAGCUCCGAGUAUGUGCAGCAAAUGCGUGAGCGGCUGGAGCUGGCCCACCUCAUUGCCAGGGAAGCCCUGGGUGAGUCAGUCAAGCGCGCAAAAAGGCAAUAUGACAAGAACUGUUGCCACACACAGUAUAAGACUGGAGAUCCUGUGUGGUAUCUCAUCAAAGGAACACGUCACGUCAAGAACAAGGUCAGAAAGUUCCUCCCAUCGUAUGAAGGACCAUUCUUUGUCCUGGGCAAUUGGAUGACCUAGUUUAUCGGAUCCAGAAGAACCCAAGGUCUAAAGUGAAAGUUGUCCACCAUGACCAGCUAAAGCAUUAUCGCUGCCGCGAGCCACUGGACAAUACCUGGGUCCUUGAUCAGGCUCAUCAGUGGUCCCCUACAGAGGUCCCACCACCAGCUUUAGAAGAUGACCCAGCAGACCGUGAUCUGGGUCUGCACAGUCUGUUCUCUACUGCAACUGGCAAUGGCCCCAGCUCCUCUCAGCCUUCUGUCUCAGUUGCAGCUGAUCCCGCUCUGGUUGUGGUUGUCCCAUCGUCCCCUUCCCAUGUAGACCAUGAGAAUGGUGGGGGUGUGGUGGGUGAGCCAGACCACCCGGGCCAGCAGUUUCAGCGACCAACUCGUCGGCGCGAGCUCAGACCGGUAUGGAGUGUGGAUCACUUAGCUUGGUUUACCUACCAUGGACAGUUCCAAGUAGGACUGAAGAUUCAGUUCAAGUUUAAAUCGUUUCAGCCUCCUACACUGUUAGCUACAAUGGUUUAAAAGAGCUAUAUUUUUCAUUGUUCCAGUGUUUACAUUUAAAAAAAAAGUGAGUAAAGUAUCUGAAGGACCUACGGGGUUAUCUACAUGCACUUAUCCAUUUGUAUUUGUGCCUUCCUAGAUGCUAGGAUAAGUUAGUUAUUCCCGGUCGCCAUGUAAUAGUUACAAGUGUGUAAUUUCUUUUCUACUUAACAGCACUUGAAAUGCUUUAUUUUGCACAUGUAUGUACACCAUACUUGAGCCAACCUCUUUGUCACUGAAGUGCACUCAUUGAUACUAUACCUCACCUUAUAUGCGGUAAUGGCUAACACUUUUAUCUCCUGUGGGCUCCAAGUGGUAAAGGGGAUUGUGUACCAGUUUUAUGCAUUACAAUGCUGGAGUGGAAUUAUUGUUUAAUUGCCAUCCAGAGUGGGGGUAGUGUUGCGGGAAUUGCUGUCUUGUGUGUGACUGGGUGCAGUAAGGAGUGUAUGUGAUGUGUGUGUGAGCAUGUGCGUGAAGGAAACGCGGGGAGCGAAAGAGGGAAAAGAGAGUGAGAGAGUGUGUCAUGGGUAGAGAGGGCGACCGGGAGCAGCGUUCUAACGGGCUACAGGCUAUGCAGUGUGUUUUCGAAGUGUGCAGUACUGUUAUUAAAAGCCUCAUCUCUUCAGUACUCUCCGGUGCCUCGGCUGAUUUCUGUCUGCCUCACUACUCCACAAAAGUGAAGGGAGUUAACCCCGAAGGAGGACAAACUUCGGCCCUGGAGGAAGCAUCUCCCCUCGUGUCUCCCGACCACGGUCAGGGGACUGACGGCGAGGAAUG